AUGUGUGACCAGCAGCAGAGUCAGUGCUGCGUGCCGAUGCCUCAGUGCUGCAUCAAGGGUUCCUCCUUUGGCCCCUCCCAAUUCUCCAGUGCCAACGGCCAGGUGGUGGUCCAAGCCCCUGGUGAGGUGCGAAUUUUAGAAUGCCCUGCACCGUGCCCAGUUCAAGUUUCCCAGGCUCCGUGCCAGUCUAAGACCACCCAGGGAAAAGGCCAGGCUCCCUGCAAGACUAAAACCACUCAAGUGAAGUGCCAGGCUCCAUGCAAGUCUAAGACCCCUACCCAGGUCAAGGGUCAGGCCCCUUGCCAGAGUCAAGUCUCCUGUGUGCAGUGCCAGGCUCCGUGCCAGCCCACCGUCUCCUACGUGCAAUACGAAGUCCCUCAGCCCGCUCAGACCUGCUAUGUAGAAUGCGCUCCUGUGUAUUACACAGAAACUCGUUACGUGGAGUGCCCGGUGCACACCACCUACGUACCGGCUCCAGUUCCGCAGGCUGUCCCUGCAUAUGUGCAAUGCUCCCCCAUGGGCCAGGCUCCAGGGAACUUCUCCAGCCAGGGACAGUAUGGGGGCUCCUACGGUAGCUGCACCCCUCAGUUCCCAUCUCGGGCUUCCUACAGCAGCUGCGGGCCCCAAUUCCAGCCCCAGCGCCAGUCCCAGCCUUCCUACAGCAGCUGCGGGCCCCAAUUCCAGCCCCAGCGCCAGUCCCAGCCUUCCUACAGCAGCUGCGGGCCCCAAUUCCAGCCCCAGCGCCAGUCCCAGCCUUCCUACAGCAGCUGCGGGCCCCAAUUCCAGCCCCAGCGCCAGUCCCAGCCUUCCUACAGCAGCUGCGGGCCCCAAUUCCAAUCGCGACCUUCCUACAGCAGCUGCGCACCCCAGCGUCCAUCUCGACCUUCUUUUAGCCCCUGUGCACCACAAUACCAGAGCCAGGGCUCCUACGGGAGCUUCACCGGGCAGCGUCGGUCUCGGAGCACCGGCCGAUGCCUCCCAGCGCCGCGAAGGCUGCAGCCUCCCUACCGCAGCUGCUCCCCGCCGCUCCGCCGCCCCGAGCCGGGCUACGGCAGUUGCCUCGCACCGCGGUGCGCGUCGGGCUCCCCCAACUACUGCACCCCGCCCCGCCGCUCGGAACCCAUCCACGCCAGCCAGUGCCCCCCUCGGGGCCGCCCUUCCUGCGCGCAGAGGUGCGGGCCCAGGUGCAGAAUUGAGAUCUCCUCGCCCUGCUGCCCCCGGCAGGUGUCUCCGCAGCGCUGUCCCGUGCGCAUUCCCCCAUUCCGAGGCUCCUCUCAGAGCUGCGCCCCGCGGUCCUCCUGGGGCACCUCCUGCCCGGACCUCAGACCACGCCCGCUCCCCCGGUCCUGCCCCCCUCCGCAGUGUCGGGAGCCGCCGGCGCCCCGAUACCCGCCGCGCGCGCCACGGCCCUGCCCACGCCCGGAACCGCGCCCGUGCCCCCCACUACGGCGAUUCUCAGAGCCCAGUCUGGGUCCGGAGCCGUGUGCAGCUCCGCGCCCAGCUCCCCGGCCGCGCCCCAUGCCGUGCGAGAACCCAGAGCCCCCGCGACCGUGCCCGCAGCACUUCGAGCCCCCAGAGCCCCUGCGACCGUGCCCGCAGCACUUCGAGCCCCCAGAGCCCCCGCGACCGUGCCCGCAGCACUUCGAGCCCCCGGAGCCCUGUUCUCCUUCCCAGCCCAUCCCGCUCCCUGCGCCGCCCUGCUCGAGCUCGGAGCCCUGCGGCGGAGAGCCUGUCCGCUGCCCCAGCCCCUGCUCCGGCUCGAAUCCCAGGCCGUACCCAGGAGACCUAGGCUGUCGCGAGUCCAAUCCAUGUCGCCUGGACACCGAGGGCCCCUGCUCGUACAGUUACAACCAGGGACAGGAGGGCGGUUCUGGCUGCGGAUCUGGCGACGUCUUCCCAGAGCCCCAGGGUCCUGGGGGCUGUGGAGACCAAGACAACAGCUACUCUGGGGUGAAUGGAGGGGGUUACUCUGGGGUGAAAGGCGGGGGCUUCUCUGGGGUGAAGAGCGCCUAUUUUUAA